AUGGUAGAAAUAGCAGAUUAUAUGUACCUUGAUAAAAGUAACAUUGCCUUGUCUUCAGAUUCCCUCAAAGGAUCCUUAUCAUUUGAGGAUGUAACUGUGGGCUUCACUCAGGAGGAAUGGCAGAAGCUGGACCCUGAUCAGAGGACCCUGUACAGGGAUGUGAUGCUGGAGAACUAUAGUCACCUCAUCUCAGUGGGGUAUUGCAUCCCUAAACCAGAACUGAUCUUCAAGUUGGAACAAGGAGAGCAGCCAUGGGUAUUAGAGGCAGAGUCUCCAAGCCAGAGCUACCCAGAAGUCUGCAGGAUUGUUAACCAGCUGGAACAGAGUCAGGAAAUGCACAACAGACAUUUCUGGCAAGCUCCAUUUAUCAACAACAAAACACUGACUAUAGAGAGAAGUAAUGUAUUAGGAAAAAUGUUUAAUUUCAACACAUACCCAGUUUCUUUCAUAAAAAUACCCUGUAAAUGUGACACAAGUGGGAUGAAUUUGAAAUAUAUUUCAGAAUUAAUUAUUGAGAAAAACUAUUUAAGAAAGAAGUCUGAUGAUCUCAGUGCAUAUGAAAACUUAUUCCUUCAUGUUAACCAUGAAAAAGCUCAUGUAAGAGAGAAACCUUAUGAAUUAAUUAAGAAUAGAAAGUAUGUCAGUCAAAAUGAAGACUUCUUUCCAUAUGAGAAAAUUAAACAUGUAGAGCAGUCUUUUGAAUAUAAAGAAUGUGGUGAAAAUUUCUGUGAGAUGACAGUUUUCAUCACAUAUAAACAAGCUCACAGAAGACAAGGUCCUUAUGAACAUAAUGAAUGUGAUAAAACAUUCUGUAAUUAUUCAAUUCUCAUGGUCCAUAAGAUAAGAGAAAGUCUUUAUGAGUUUAAUGAAUAUGGCAAAACCUUUGAAAAGGUGUCUCUCUUGAAACAUUUGAAGCUGAAAGAUUAUGAACAUAAUGACAAAGUGGAUAAUUUCAGCAGAUCAAACUUUCUUGACACAGGAGAGAGAACAUUUGAAUGUAACAACCUGGGGGAACCUUUCUGGAAGUCAGUUCUUAAUGUAACUCAGAAAACGUGCAUAGGAGACAAAGUCUAUGAAUGUAAUGAAUGUGAAAAAGCAUUCUGUGAAAAGUCAAAACUCACCAAACAUCAGAGAGUACAUACAGGAGAGAAACAUUUUGAAUAUAAUGAAUGUGGGAAAUGCUUCUCUAGGAAAUCCCUUCUCACUUUACAUCAGAGAAUCCACACUGGAGAGAAACCCUAUGAAUGUAAUGUAUGUGGAAAAUCCUUCUCUAGGAAUUCACACCUCAUAAUUCAUCAGAGAACUCCCACAGGAGAGAAACCCUAUGAAUGUAAAGAAUGUGGAAAAAGCUUCUACCAUAAGUCAUAUCUCACAGUACACCAGAGAAUUCACACAGGGGAGAAACCCUAUGAAUGUAGUGAAUGUGGGAAAACCUUCAUAAGCAACUCAGUUCUUACAAUACAUCAGAAAACACACACAGGUGAGAAAUCCUAUAAGUGUAAUCAGUGUGGGAAAUUCUUCUCCAGGAAUUCAUGCCUUACAAUACAUCAGAGAACUCACACAGGUGAGAAACCAUAUGAAUGUAAGGUAUGUGGGAAAACCUUUUGUCCUAAGUCAGAUGUCACCAAACACCAUAAAACUCACAUGGGGAAACCCUAUAAAUGUAAUGAGUAUGGGAAAACCUUCAGUCACAAUUCAGGCCUAAAAGUACACCAGAGAACACACACAAAGGAGAAACCCUAUGAAUAUAAUGAAUGUGGGAAAUCAUUCUCUGAGAAAUCGAUCCUCAUGGUACAUCAGAGAAUACAUACCGGGGAGAAACCUUACAAGUGUAAUGAAUGUGGAAAAACCUUUUACAAUAAGUCAGAUCUCACUAAACGCCAGAGAACUCACACAGGUGAGAAACCCUAUGAAUGUAAGGAAUGUGGGAAAUUCUUCUCUAGAAAUUCAUAUCUUCCAGUUCACCAGAGAACUCACACAGGGGAGAAACCCUAUGUGUGUAAAAAAUGUGGGAAAACCUUCUACUAUAAGUCUGACUAUAUGGUACAUAAGAGAACACACAGAGGGGAGAAGUCUUAUUACUGUGAUCAGUGUGGGAAAACCUUCACUUGCAAUUCGGUCCUCAGAUCACAUCAGAGAACUCACACAGGGGAGAAGCCCUAUGAAUGCAACGGUUGUGGGAAAUCUUUCUCUGAAAAAUCAGUCCUUACUGUACAUCAGAGAAUACACACGGGAAAACCUUAUAAGUGUAAUGAAUGUGGGAAGCCCUUCUAUCAUAAGUCAGAUCUCACUAAACAUCAGAGAACACACACAGGGGAAAAACCCUAUGAAUGUAGUCAUUGUCAGAAAACCUUCAGUUGCAACUCAGGUCUCAAAGUACAUCAGAGAAAGCACAUAAGGGAGAAAGCCUAUGAAUGUACUGAAUUUGGGGAAACCUCUAAGAAAUUAGUUCUCACAGUACAUUCAAAAUUACAUACUGGGGGGAAACCCUAUAAAUGUAAUGAGUAUGGGAAAACCUUCAGUCACAAUUCAGGCCUAAAAUUACACCAGAGAACACACACAAUAAUACAGCCUAUGUUUAAAAAAUUUUGGAGGGAGUUUAGGGAAUAUGUUGAGAAGUGCUUUGUCAUCAAGGAACAGGUGACCCAGCAGUGGAAUGCAGGUCCACUUCUUGUGUUGGUGGUGAUGGCAGAUGCCUUCUUGUGGCAUGUGACGAAGGUAUUUGAGGAGGAGGUGGUGUAA